GCGAGAGAGAGAGUACGUGGGGAGCACCGCCUCCCGUAACGGGCUGCCCGAUCCUCUCGGGGCGAUGGCUCCUUCUCUCUCUCGAUUUAUGUCCUCCCUUAGUUGGCGCCUGGUGGUUGAGAGGUGGAGUUCUUUACGGCCGUCUUGUGUCGGCAGAGCAGAAGGAGAGCUUCUUCCUGGAGUUCCAGACGCUUCAGCGUCGACAGUUCCUUUCAUGUUGGGCUCGGUGGAGGUAGAUGAGAUGGUGUCACAUGGUACUAUGGGGCGAUGAGGAACUAGAUCCUGUAGUCAUUUAUGAAAUUCGAAAUGCCAAGGUUUCUGCCAUUCCUUGUUUGUAUUCUUGAGAGCCAGUGCUUCAGUACAUGCAUCUUCAAUUCCUUGCUGAAGUUGGCGACAUUUUAGCAAUGACUUGUGUUUUCUAAAGGCAAUUGUGGAAGCCUUUAGAUGCAAUUAGCAUGAAAGGGUGAAUAUGAACUAUGGCACCCACGUUUGAGAUGUACGCUUUUGUUAUGUAGCAACCCACUGCAGUUUAGAUACCAGAAGUGUUUUUGUUUGAAGGCUAUCUGUUGGGCACGAUGUCUAUCUGUACAGGAUCUAGAUCUACUGACAUGGAUAAAAAAUGGAUUAUUCCCCUUUUAAUAUGUGUAGUCAUCCUGUUUUUUCUUAUUGCUGCUUCUAACUUUGCACUCAUCUCCACUAUGGAAACAUUCUGCACAAUCUCGUCAUUUUUUUCAUUGAAGUUGUCUCCAAAACAGGCAGCUCCUGUCUUUGUAGAGACAAAGGUCACUCCACCCCCAUCUGUGGCUGCUGCUCCAAUUGCUAGGCUUGCCUACUUAGUAUCUGGUUCUAAAGGUGAUUUAGAUAGACUUUGGAGAACUUUGCAUGCUAUAUACCAUCCCUUAAACCAGUAUGUUGUUCAUUUGGACCUGGAAGCUCCGGCUGCUGAAAGAUUGGAACUUGCAAUUCGUGUUAAGAAUGACCCAGUUUUCUCAGAAGUGGGUAAUGUCCAUAUGAUUACAAAGGCUAAUUUGGUCACGUAUAGAGGUCCUACAAUGGUUUCUAAUACUCUUCAUGCUUGUGCCAUUCUUCUGAAGAAGAGAGAAGAAUGGGACUGGUUCAUCAAUCUAAGUGCAUCAGAUUAUCCACUCGUUACACAGGAUGAUAUUUUAUAUACAUUCUCAUCUUUACCGAGAAAUUUAAGUUUCGUUGAGCACACUAGCCAUCUAGGAUGGAAGGAGUUUAGAAGGGCUAGGCCACUAGUUGUGGAUCCUGGGCUAUACUUGUCUCGUAAAACUGAUCUUUUCUGGGUCACACAGAAGAGAGACUCACCAACAGCUUUUAAAUUAUUUACUGGAUCUGCAUGGGUGGGUCUCUCCCGUUCAUUUGUGGAGUUUUGCAUAUGGGGAUGGGACAACCUCCCUAGAAUCCUCCUCAUGUACUAUGCCAACUUCCUUUCUUCUCCAGAAGGCUACUUUCAAACAGUGAUCUGCAACUCGGCGGGGUUCCAUGCUGCAGUUGUUAACCAUGAUCUUCACUACAUCUCUUGGGAUGUGCCUCCGAGGCAGCACCCCCGGAUGCUCACACUCAAUGACACUGACAAAAUGAUAUAUAGCAAUGCUCCUUUUGCCAGAAAAUUCCGACACGACGAUCCUGUUUUGGACAGGAUUGACACCAAAUAUCUGAACCGGAAAGUUGGGAAUUUCACACCUGGUGGAUGGUGUGCUGGCAACCCUCCUUGCAGCAAAGUGGGAAAUAAAACGGACUUGAGGCCUGGUCCUGGUGCUCGCCGGCUGGCUAGGUUAAUGAAAGCUAUUGUUCACUCUAGUAGCUUUUCUCAUGAACAAUGUACAUAAUUCAUUUUAUUCGAUUCAUAGUUCAUGUAUCUUUAUCCCUUUUCUGUUCACGAGAGAUUUUUGUUUUGUGGUUAAUAAUAUGAUCCGUUUGCUCUUUAA